ACAUUUCCUUUUGCCUCCUCGUUGCAUGUGCUCCGUGAUAAUUUAAUUUACAAUAUGAACUGGGAUGACUGGUAAGUAAAAGAAAUAUAAAAUUUCAUUUUAUUCUUAAAUUCAAAUGGAAUUCCAUAAACCAUCUCACUGGUAAACGGAACUGUCCAGAUGGAGUCGAAACACCGUAGAAUGAAUCAUCUCCCUCUAUUUUCUUGUUUACUGGUACAUUGAAGAUUUACAGGAUCCAAGCUUCAUUGUCCAGUGAAUAUUGUCCGUCUUGAAGUGUUUCAAUACCUAUUUUUCCUUUCGUUCAUAUAAACUGAAAGCCAUGUCUGUCCGUAUCCUAGUUAUCCUUGUGCUGCAUGCAUGCCUUCCAGCACAAGCUCACACAAGUUUCCGCUUCAACAAAUUCAAUAUCUCCACCCUUUAUCAGGUCGAAAUUGCUUCGAUCCGUUCUGGUGCUAUCUGCCUCACUAAUCAAUCACAACACGUCUCUGGCCGUGUUUUAUAUGCUCAGCCUGUUCAGAUGAAAGAACCCAACUCCAGAAAUAUGAGUUCAUCAUUUAGCACUACCUUCGUAUUCGCUAUGGUUCCUUCUUCCUCCGAUCCUCCACGCAGCGGGGACGGUAUGGCCUUUAUAAUCACACCCUCCAAGUCUCCAGUGGAACAGUCUUCAUCUCACUUCCUCGGUUUGUUGAAUACCUCCAACAUAGGGAAGCCAUACAAUCAUCUGUUUGCCGUUGAGUUCGACACAAUCUUCAACGAGGAACACCUUGACAUCAACGAUAAUCAUGUCGGUGUGGAUCUCAACGACCUCCAUUCUGUAAAGUCUGAAACUGCGGGGUACUGGAUUGGCAGCCAGAUUCAGGAACUAGAUCUGAACAGUGGACACAAUAUUCAGGCUUGGAUCGACUACGAUCAUACCCAGCAGCGAUUGAAUGUUACAAUAGUAAAAGCUGGUUCACCCCGACCCCAAAAGCCUCUCAUAUCUCUCAAAAAUAUGAAUCUGUCCAACAUAUUCGAAGAAGAAAUGUACGUUGGUUUCUCUGCAGCAACAGGAACUGUCGUUGAAGACCACUGUGUCCUCGCCUGGAGCUUCAGCACAAACGGAUCCGCGCCUGCGCUGGAUAUGUCUAAUCUUCCUUCUCUUUUCAUGCGCAAAAGUUCCAACUCGAGACUUAUAGCCGCUAUAACUACAGCUCUGGUGCUUGUCUUGUUGCUUCUGAUUGCUGCUGCCGUUUUCUGGUGGAGGAGAAACAAGUACAGAGACGACACAGAAGAAUGGGAGAUGGAGUAUUGGCCUCACAGGUUUAACUACAAAGACUUGCAUAUUGCAACCAAAGGCUUCAGAGAUGAACAAGUUUUGGGCAGUGGAGGUUUCGGUCGGGUUUACAAAGGAGUCCUCCCUGCUAACGGCCUUGAAAUUGCUGUAAAAUCCAUCUUUAAAGAAAGCAACGAAGCCAUGAAGGAAUUCAUUGCAGAGAUUUCAAGUCUGGGGCGUUUACAGCACCGAAAUCUUGUGCGUAUCAGAGGGUACUGCAGGAAGGGAACAAAGUUUUUCAUAGUGUAUGACUACAUGCCAAAUGGGAGCCUGGACAAGAUGAUAUUUGACAAGACGAAGAGCGUGCUGGCAUGGGCUCAGAGGUACAGAAUUCUGAAGGACGUGGGUGCAGGAUUGCUGUAUCUUCACGAAGAGUGGGAGAAAAGGGUAGUGCACAGAGACAUCAAAUCUAGCAAUGUUUUGUUGGAUUCUGAACUUAAUGGUAAGCUGGGGGACUUCGGACUUGCUCGUCUGUAUGAGCAUAGAGGAGACCCAGAAAGUACUCGUGUGGUAGGUACGCUUGGGUACAUAGCACCAGAGCUUGUACACACAGGAAAGGCCACUCCUAGAGCAGAUGUGUUCAGCUAUGGUAUUUUGAUGUUGGAGGUUGCCUGCGGGAGGAGGCCUGUGGAUUCCUCUCUGGAUGCUUCUCAGAUGGUAAUGGUGGAUUGGGUGAGAGAGCUGUAUGUGAAAGGCAGGCUCACGGAUGCAGCAGAUGCCAAUCUUGGAUGUGAAUAUGUUGAAGAUGAGAUGGAGAAGGUGCUCAAGUUAGGACUGCUGUGCUGCAACCCUCAGCCCGAGGCGAGACCUACUAUGAGACAAGUACUGCAGAUAAUUGAAGGUGAAGUCUCUCUGCCCCCUGUAUAUCUGUAUGAAAUGAGUGGCGGGAGCAGUAGCUCAUAUCCAAGUACAGGAGUAUCCUAUGCAUCGACUUCCAACACUCUAGAGGGACGGUAGUGGAGAGUUCAUCAAAUUUGUCAUCAUUUAAUAAAGGAUCCUUUCUUUGAUGAAAUUUCCAAGUUUCUUUGUGAAUAUUGGUUAAACAUGAUGAAGGUUUUCUUUAAUUUUUUAAGAUAUAUGA